AUGGAGGAACCGGGGCUGCAGUCCAGGUCCAGGCGCACGGACCAUCCUCUGAGCGCGGGGAGCGGCGUGGACUGGACACGCAAAGUGGACAAGCAGAGUGGACACGCAGACUGGUCACGCAGAGUGGACAGAGUGGACACGCAGACUGGUCACGCAGACUGGUCACGCAGACUGGUCACGCAGUGGCGCGUGGAGGGUGAAGUAGAGCCGCCGCUGGAACCGCGCAGCAGCGGGAGCGCGCAGAAGCGGGAGUGCGCACGCGUGCACUUCCGCUAA